AUGGUUAAAGCAGCUGUUCUCGGUGCUUCUGGCGGCAUUGGCCAGCCUCUAUCUCUUCUGUUGAAGAUCUGUCCUCUCGUCGACGAGCUUGUUCUUUAUGAUGUCGUUAACAGUCCCGGUGUUACUGCCGAUCUCUCUCACAUCUCUACUGCCGCCAAAACCUCCGGCUACUUGCCAAAGGAUGAAGGUCUGAAAAAUGCCCUCACAGGCUGUGAACUCGUCCUCAUUCCAGCUGGAAUUCCUCGCAAGCCUGGAAUGACCCGUGAUGACCUCUUCACCGUCAAUGCUGGCAUUGUGAGAGACCUCGUCCAUGGAGUUGCUGAGUUCUGCCCCAAGGCGUUUGUCCUCAUUAUCUCCAACCCAGUCAACUCUACCGUCCCGAUUGCUGCUGAGGUGCUCAAGAAGGCUGGCGUCUUCGAUGCCAAGCGUCUUUUCGGUGUCACUACCCUUGACAUCCUCCGCGCAGAAACCUUCGCCCAGAAAUACACUGGGGAGAAGAACCCAUCUGAUGCUACCAUCCACGUUAUUGGAGGACACUCUGGCGAGACUAUUGUCCCAGUUUACAGCUUAGCUAAGCCAGUUGCUGAUAUCCCAGAGAGCGAGUACGCCGAGAUCAUUAAACGUGUCCAGUUUGGUGGUGACGAGGUUGUUAAGGCCAAAGACAGUGCUGGCUCUGCCACCUUGUCUAUGGCUUAUGCUGGUUACCGCUUUGCUUUGAGCGUCAUGAAGGCUGCCAAGGGUGAGAAGGGUAUUGUUGAGCCUACUUUUGUUCACCUUAGCGGCAUCAACGGCGGCGAUGUCGUCGCUAAGGAGACCGGUCUUGAGUAUUUCUCCAUGCCAGUUGAACUCGGACCAUCUGGUGCUGAGAACAUCGUCAACAUCCUUCCCAACGUCAACGAGAGGGAGAAGGCCCUCCUUGAGGUCUGCAAGUCCGGCCUCCAAGGCAACAUUGCUAAGGGAAUCAGCUUUGUUCAGAACCCUCCACAAAAGCUGUAG